AAAAAAAAAAGAAAAAAAAAAGAAAAAAAAAGAGGAGUUUGUCCAUGGAACACAAACCCCACAUAGCAAUUCUACCAAGUCCAGGGAUGGGUCACCUUAUCCCACUUGUGGAGCUUGCCAAGAUCCUUGCUCUUCGCCAUGACUACCGUCUCACAUGCAUCAUUCCCACAAUUGGGUCUCCAUCAAAAGCCAUGAAAGGAGUCCUCGAAGCUCUCCCCACAAGCAUAGACCAUGUCUUUCUUCCUCCGGUGAACCUGAACGACCUCCCGGCCGGCGAACAGCCCGGAAUCCAAGUUUUCCUCACCAUGACUCGCUCUCUGCCAUCUAUUCGCGACGUGUUGAAGUCCUUGGUCGAAACUUCUCGGUUAGCCGCGGUUAUCCUCGAUCAUACGGCCACCGACGCACUAGAUGUUGCCAAGGAGCUAAACCUCUCGCCCUACAUUUUCUUCACGUCAAGUGCUUUGGCUCUGUCGUUGCUCUUGCAUUUGCCAAAGCUGGACGAGACGAUUUCGUGCGAGUACAGAGACCUGCCGGAACCGUUGAAACUUCCGGGGUGCGUACCUCUUGACGGUGGAGAUCUUAUGGACCACGUUCAAGACCGGAAAAGUGAACUGUACAAAUUGUUUCUUCGCCACACAAAACGGCUCCGAUUGGCUGAGGGCAUUAUGGUUAAUACGUCCAUGGACUUGCAAGGAAGAGCUGUCAAAGCUUUGGAAGAGGAAGGAGCUGGAAACCCCACAAUUUAUCCAAUUGGACCCAUCAUUCAAACUGCUUCAAGUACUACACAGGUUAACGAGAGAGAGUGUUUAAGUUGGUUGGACAAUCAGCCAAGCGGCUCCGUCAUAUUUGUGUCUUUUGGGAGCGGUGGAACCCUAUCCUAUGAUCAGCUCAAUGAGCUAGCCUUAGGAUUGGAAUUGAGUGAGCAAAAGUUCUUAUGGGUUGCAAGAAGCCCAAACAAUGAAUUGGCUAAUGCAGCAUACCUCAGUGACCAAAGCCAUGAAAACCCUCUAACUUUCUUGCCGGAAGGUUUUGCUGAGAGGACCAAAGGGCAAGGACUAGUGGUGCCGUCAUGGGCGCCGCAGGCCCGAGUCCUUAGCCACGACGCCACGGGCGGGUUCUUAACGCAUUGCGGUUGGAAUUCAAUCUUGGAGAGUGUCAUGCAUGGCAUACCUUUGAUUGCAUGGCCGCUUUACUCAGAGCAAAGAAUGAAUGCAGUGUUACUUGUUGAGGAUCUGGAAGUGGCUUUAAGACCAAAAGCUAACAAGAAAGGCCUUGUGAACAGAGAAGAAAUUGCGAAAAUUGUGAAGGGUUUGAUGGUGGGAGAAGAGGGGAAAAGAGUUCACAGCCGUAUGAAAGACAUGAAGAUGGCUGCUGAGAAUGCACUAAGUGCAGAAGGUUCUUCUACAAGGGCAAUCUCUGAAUUAGCAUUCAAGAUUGGUUUUAAAACAGGAGAAUCUUAAUUUUCUUGCUCGUCACCUUAUUUCUACUCUAUUUAUGUCACUUUAAUCAUCAUGAACGAACUGGUGGAUUGAUUCUCUUUAUUUUAAAUGAAAUGGAUAAUAUCAAUUUUAAUA